UUUAGUUUGAUACAUUUCCUUUGGUUCUCUGGAAUGUCUAGCAAGCCCUUGACGUACGCCAUGGCCGUGGGCUUGUACGGCACUCAGCACGUGCACAACUACAUGGGGAUGGAGCCGUCUGGCCGGUACUUCAAUGAGCUUUGCCUGGAUUUCAAUCACAAACCUCACAACCCGAUGAUCAACGCAGGCGCCAUCAUGACAGCCGCUCUCUUGAAGCCUGAACUGUCAGCCGCUGAUCGCUUUGACUAUGUGUUCCACAUGUACAAGCGCCUGGCCGGGGGAGAGUACCUCGGCUUCAACAACGGCGUCUUCCUGAGCGAGAGGGAGUGCGCCGACCGGAACUUCGCUCUCGCCUACUUCAUGAGGGAGAACAAGUGCUUCCCUCCGAACACGAAGCUUCACGAGACCCUCGAUUUUUACUUCCAGCUGUGUUCGCUGGAGAUCACGGCGGAGGCGGGCGCGGUCAUGGCGGCGACCCUGGCCAAUGGCGGCAUCAACCCACUCACCGGGGACCCUGUGCUGACCGUGGAAGCCGUGAGAAAUACCCUGACUUUGAUGCACUCCUGCGGCAUGUACAAUUACUCGGGGCAGUUCGCAUUCAAGGUUGGACUCCCUUCCAAAUCCGGCGUGUCAGGCUGCGUGCUGCUGGUCGUCCCCAACACCAUGGGCAUCUGCCUUUGGUCGCCGCCCCUCGACUCCAACGGGAACUCCUGCCGAGGAGUUCAGUUCUGCAUGGAACUCGUAUCGAGAUUCACCUUCCACAACUUCGACAACCUCCGCAACCACAUAACCACCAAGACUGACCCCCGCAUGGCCAAAGCAGAGUCCAGGGCGCAGAUUCUGUUCGACCUCCUCUUCUCCGCCGCUGCUGGGGAUCUGUCUGCUCUCAGGAGACACUCGCUCUCGGGCACGAACAUGGAGGCCAAGGACUACGACGGACGAACGGCCCUCCACGUGGCGACGUCUGAGGGCCACCUCGAGAUCGUCGAGUACCUCCUCAAGAACUGCCAGGUCAACCCAUUACCCAAGGAUCGCUGGGACAGAACGCCCCUUGACGACGCUCGGUGCUUCGGCUACCCUCGCUGCGGUCAGCUGAUCAUGGACAUGUGCAAGAAAAAAGGCAUCGAAAUACCUCCCCCUGUAACAGAAGAUUCAAUGAAAGAAUAGAGUG